AAAAAGCCCAUCCGUUUCGCUUUUACCAACAGCUGGGAGACAUCACCAUUGAGUCAUCCAACGAACCUUCUUUACCAAAAGAGCAGUUGAGGAUGAACAUGACUCGUUCCGGAAUUCCAUUCAUGAAAUAGCGAGGAAACAGCGGUGCAGAUGCAGAGUUGGCGCGCAUCCCCGGAUGGGAACGGAAGAAUACAAAAUUCAGAGUCUUCACGUCGAUCGGAGGCUUUUUUUUUUUAUGUCGUUGUCUCAUCUUUUAUUUAUUAAAUCUCUCAGCCUCCAUCGAUUUCUAAAUCAACAUUUAGACGCUUAUAUGAGGUUGAAUGAUUCCACGCCUCCCCUCUUCCAUACCUGAGAAGGAGAGAAGCAUCCUUGUGCUCUUAGCCUCUGGAACGAGUGAAUAACAUGACUUUUGCGGUUCGUUGAAUGGUGGGCGUAGUUGUUUUUGACCCAUUAGACAUGGGUUUUUUGUUAUCCAAUUAACGGAGGGAAAUUUCGGGAUUGGCAUCUCGGAUUUAUAUGAGAUUUUUUGAUUUCGGAGAUGCUAAAAGUUGGUGGCUGAGUGCUGUUUAUUUCCUCAUCAGAAGAUUUGCAGGUUGGUGUCCUGGAAUUACAGAAAGUUUUGGCGUUGGUGGCGCUAGAAGGUCGAUUUUAGGACCUGGAGUUUCUUUCCGGCCAUGGAGCUCGUCAGGAAUGGGGAUGCGGAGGAGGUGGAGAUGGAGGCUUCUCGUGCCUCGUCCCCUGUUAGAGAAGCGCGCAUCCAUCACACAAGCUUCCCUGGAGCAGUGAGGCAGAAGGCCUACCAUUUCGAUGGUUUGGGCAAUUGCUUCACCAAGGAAUGGGAUCUUUCAGAAGGUUAUGGCAAGGAGUUUUGUUGGUAUCAUGUGGAGCUCCCCAAGGGAAACCAGAAGCUUGCAUUGUCCGCACAAUAUCUGAUCGACGUGUUCUGCCCGCCUCUGAAACUCCAAGACAUCCUUGCAUUGGUUAGUAAUGGACCCUUCUGCGGAUACGUCGACGGCGCGCUGGUUUUUCGUGUUAAUUCUGCCGGCCCUGCCACCAGCAAGUUCACACACCGGCUAGCAGCAAGGGUGACGGAGAAUUGUGUCAUUACUGUUUCUCUUGGCCGUGUCCCUAGAUUGGGAUUCAAACGGAUGGAGAAGUCCCUCCUCUAUGAGAUUCCUAGGGUGGAGAAUCCCAAUUCCAUUUAUGAUGAGAUAAAGGGAAGAUCGAACCUUACUGUGGUCCCUGAAAGCAGGCUCGAAUCAGAAUCCAGUGUAACAGUGAUCAAGGAGCAUGUGCUCGAGUUUCUGUUGACAAUGAACCACUCCGAGGAGGCAGAUAAUCCGGUUCCCAGGUCGGUCUCGAACCUUAUUGUUCAUAUUGUUGACACCCACAUGGAUCAGUUGCAGGAUAUAGUGACUACGCUCGAAUUGGAGUUGGAUGCGGUGGAGCUCGAAUUGGAUAAAGGCAGCUUUGCGCUGAAGAAACAGAUGUUGGAUGACAGAAGAUUUCCUAAAAUGCACUUAAAUUUGCAGCGUCUACUACAGGUAAUUGCUCAUGGAGAACAAGUUUUUCCUCGUGUGAGAGAGAAGUGUGCUACAAAAAGUUGGUUUGCUAGCGAAGAUGUUAGUGCCCUUGAAGAACUGAUUGGCAGACUCAGGAGGCUAAAAGAAAACGUGGGUUUUAUAACUAAUCGUGUUACGGCUCUUCAGGCAGGCCUUGAUAGUUGGCAAGCUGAACAAAUCAACCGAAAGCUUUAUUAUCUUUCUUUUCUCUCACUUAUAUUUCUUCCUUUAUCAGUGGUUACUGGAGUCUUUGGGAUGAAUGUUGGAGGGGUACCAUGGACGCCGCAGAAAGACCCCAAUAUAAAAGAUGGGUUUCGCAAUGUUUUGUUGCUCUGCCUUGCAUUAGUUAUGCUGUUACUUUUGUGCUUCACUACUCCAUAUCUCUAUUCACGCAUCGCUUCUUGGAGUCGGCAGAGAACAUUCAGAAGGAGCUUGUCUAUGAACUGGAGAUCCUUCUCAAGGAGAGGACUUCUUGGUGGCGGGUUUCAAGGAGGUGGUUAUGUUCGUCUAUAGAGUAUUUCAAAGGGUUGCAGAACAAGUAUUGAUUCCAAAGCUGGUUUUUCUUUGUCAGAAUGGAUUGACUUGUGCCAAUUUCUAAGUAGUUUCGAUCAUUCUCUAUGGGAUGACCUUGAAAACUAUCUGAAACUGAUAUUGCUGAUGUUAGACCCUGUUUCCUGCAUCAUUGGUGGCGAUUUCUUAGGAAACCUCCUGGAACAUAUGUAUGGUUGAACUGUUGAAGCAAAUGGAAGCACAUUAGUUACUGAAACUACUACAGAAGCACAUUAGUUACUGAAACUACUACAGAUUUCUUAGGAAACCUUCUGCUCCUAGACUUAUUUUGAUGAACUGACUGGGACUACAUUUGUUGCAUAGCAGAGGCUGCAGAAUGCAAAAAUGCUGGGGAAAAGUCUGGCUGACACACUGACAUUGAAUUUGUAAAGCAAUUACCAUUUAUUCAUCUCUUCAUAGCUUUAA